AGGAAAUGGGUCGCUCGAAAGCUCAAGGCCGCAAUUAUUCGAUAAAAACGACGUCGUCCAUUCGACGCGUUCACCCAUUAACCCGUUCGUCAUUGGGGACGUUUUUUUCGUGGAAAUUGGGAGGUUCGAAGACAAAAGAAGUAUUCGAAAGCAAGCAGGAGUCCUCGAUCGAUGAAAUUAUGGGUCUCUGGGUUAACCAUUAUCCGCGGAGGGAAAUUGUUCGGCAAACACUUGCCCUUUCAUUCUGCUCCGUGGAGGCGAGCCACGUUUAAUGGACGCUAAGGAAGAGCGAGGGUGUAAAAAAGGACGGAGGAAACCAGAUGAAAUAAGUGGCAGGUUCGUCUAUGUUCCGCGAUAAGACGAUUGUUUAGGACCAUUUCUGAGGACAGAUAAACUGCGCGGGGGGUAAAGCGACUUUAUCUCUUCCUUAUCCGACUUUGAAAGGGCUGCGCCCGCCAGGAACUGGAAACUACAACGCUCUACGGUCUAAUUUACCAGGAGAGACGUCACGAUUGUGCAAAUAUUUUCUAACGGACGGGAGUAAUGUGCGUUCCCGUUGCUGCAUGUUGGUUGGAGGACUUGAUAAGGGUUCCACUCGGAGCGUAGGAUCUUUUUAUGAAUUCUAAAACUGUUGUGUGUUCACGGUGGCCGGGCAGAGGCCGGGGAAAAGGAUAAAGCGAUGAGAAUAGAAGCGAGAAUCGGAAUGGGAAUGGAAUCUGGCGGGCCGCAUGCGCCAGCCACGUUCAUUCACUCCACCGAAUCAUUCAUAAAUCCCUGAGUCCUACGCUUGUUCGUACAAUUAACAAUGAAACCGUGCGUUGCAACCGAGACGAACCAAACUCUACAAACUGCACUAGUAUCGUACAGUUUGGAGGUUCAGUUUCAUCCUGUCAUGCACGGUACGCUUGUAUUUCGAGGAAAGUUUGAAUUCAACGAAGAGAACGGAAGCGAUACAAGUAUCUGCGGUUUCUCGAUCGAAGGUACGGUCGAUGCACGGUUAUUAGGGACCAUGUGACGAUUGCUGAACGAUCAUGCGAGCGAGUGGACGCGCCGUCAGACCCUCUCCUAAUCGAACCGAUCGACGAAAGUCGAGCAGCUUUUGUUUUUGCGACGUAAUCACGAUGAGACGACGCCUUCGAUUCAGAUGUAAUUGACGCGUCGACCGCACACGCGCUCAGCCAGAUACAGCGGGGAUGAAGAAAGUGAAGAUAUACCGGAUUCGAGAAAAGUAGGGACGGAAUCAAACCGACACGUGUGCUCGAGAAACAAUUAAGCGUAAGACCGUGUAUUUCGAUGAAUUAAAAAGCUGUUCGUUGAUAUUUACAAUUCAAUUUGAUCAGAUUAACUCUCUAGCAGAGAUUUGAUAUAUAAUUCAAUGAUAUACGUUAUUUUGACGAGAAUAUUUAUAUAGUAUUUCAUAAUUACACUAAACCUACCAUUCAACUCACAAUUAAAUUUCUUAGAAAAUUGAAGAAAAGUCUCUUUAAGUAGUCAGGUAGGUUUAGUGUUAACUUUCAUAAAUCGACAUCACGUGUCCAAGCAUUGUUUCUGUAACAAAAAUCUGAUAAAGUAUCUCCCGUAAACCUACUGUUAAAACGGGUCAAUUCAUCCCUGGAGAGGUCAAAGUUCACCAGAAUUAGAUCAGACCCAUUACUGAAUCGAAUGCUGGACACAUUCCGUGGGUUCUCCAGAAGGAGGGGAAGACGGUGCGCGCAACGGAGAAGCUCCUGGAGCGGUGGGGAUAACUAAAUUCACGAGCGGUAGAGCAGGGGAGUGGGGAGAGAGGCGCACGCACACCUAUGCGGCUACGGAAUUCGGAAGAGCGGCAACUUCAGUGGCAUUCGUUUGCGAACCGCGGCACGGUACGGCUCGCGGAUCUUUCGUGCUCGUUUCCUCGCCGCCGGCAUCGUCAACCCCCUGAUUAAGCGACGGUUCCUUCAUUGACACGGCACGAAUGAAGUGACUCGCAAUCGUUCGUCCAUCCUCUUAUCGUCGCGACGCUGCGAAUCCAGGGAAAUCACCGAAUGAUAGAAUCUGUCAAAAUUACUCAAGAAUUUAAUCCCGGAUAUUAUCGACGGAUCGAAAAGAUCGAUCGCUUUACGGAGAGAUAGAAGAUAAGCUCGCGAAGAGAGAAGCGAACGGUAUAACGUCGCGUUCCUUCACGGUAAAACUCGUGGAAAGUGCUGCACGCUCCGGUUCACGGUGCGCUAUUCAGAGGGACGGAACAAGAGAGAGGGAAAAAGGGAGGAAGUAGGAGAGGAUCUCGACGAAGAAAGGCGUGCUCCCAAGCGAGCUUUCGGGAUCUCUUCGUCGACGUACUCUGAUUCCUUCCUGCUUCUUUUUAUCUUUAUUUUUAUUUUUUUUUCAAUUAUUUUACCUUUUUUUCGCGACCGGUCAGAGCGAAAUGUUCCUCUUCUUGGGCGAGUAGCGGAAGUUAGAAGUAAUCGCGAGGAUACGGAGUGAGUGAGUUCGCGAGUGGCCCGAUAGACUGACGUUUGAAGAAGAAGAUACAGCGAACAUGAGGCUCAGAAGGACGCUACUGAUAUUCGUCAUCGCGAGUGUGGUAUACAGUCAAAAUGCGACUGUGAUCACCAGCGACGGCCUUCAAGGCUACGACCCCCAGUUCAUGGUCGGCUGUUACUUUCCCGCGGAAUUUCAGGGUGAGUUCAUGACACAGGUGAGCGGAAAGGAAGCCAGCGAUACGAACGGCGAGCCCAUUCAAUACUCCUCCAUCAACAUCACAUUCAACGCCAUACCCGUGUGGGGCUACUGCCACAGGAGGGUCGGCGAUAACGUGUUGCUAAUGGACAGGUACAGCGACGGGGAGUGCAUCAGGUGCUUUCGUCUGCUGAGAAGAUCGAGGAACGUGAUCGAAGUGUUCUCUGAGAACCUGAACAGGUGUUACACUACGGAGUCCACCGCUUUGGCCUCUUGCGAAACGUUGAACUCCACGUCGAUCUUAUAUCGUACCAAAGAGAUUGGAAGCGUUCCUAUUAGAAACGAAUACUGUCCUAUCACUGGACAGUAUCAUUUCAAGUACAGCGUCAAUAAUGGAUCCGACAGGGUCAUCGAAUGCAACAGCUUCUCGUCUUCCUUCAACAAUUGCCCGGAUGGGUCUGUUCUGAGGUUGCAUUUCAGUCAGUGCACCUUUGAGGCUCAAGCAAACCUAACGUUUAACUGUUUGGGAAACUGGCCUGGUCCAAACGGGUCCACCUAUUUUGCUCUGUUGGACAACAAUGCAGCCAGCGAAGGUAGACCACAGUAUAGAUGCGGGCUAUACCAUGUCGACAAUAAAAAGGGUAAGACGUACAUGGCACUUAGCAGCGAUUCCAGUUGUACAGAGAAUUUGGAUAACUCGACCAGUGGAUACGAGACGCUGAUCCUCAGCAAAGUCCCAAAUCAGAAGAAAAUGCCUAAUUACGUGAAGACUCACGUGGCCACAUUUCCAAAAUGGGCCCAAGGCGUAUGGGAACAGUCCCUUAUCGUGAAUGGCACCAUGACCUUUACCGAUCUCAACGGCUACAAUAGUUACACUUUCAUUACUGUGGAUUCAAACGAGGAGACUGGUCGUUACAUUGUUUAUUCCAAAGACCAAUGUGAACAAACGGCCUACGUGUGUUUAAUGAUGAGGCAACGAAGCGAAAAUGUACUGGAGUUCACGAUAGGAAUGGUGCUGAGUCCAGUUUACCAAACGUACUUGUGCGACGAUCCUAAUUUAGAUAAACCUGUUUGGAUGACACAAGCAAGAGUGGAACGCGUGGUGGAAUCGCCUUGUCCAAUCACUGGCCAAUACAUGGGAAUGAUAACUGACUUGUCAGGAAUGUGUGCUGAGCUGAGCAGUAAUUGCAAUACGCGAGAAAUAAUGUAUUUCAAAGUUACAGACUGUGAGUCUGGUGAACUUUACGAAGAACGAGCGUACUUGUGCUUAGGGCAAUGGGAGGAAAAGGGUGUUAUGUACGCGUACACCAUGAGAAACGACACCAGCACCAACGAAUGCUUUGUAGGUCUAAUUGUAAACGACGAAGAAAUCUAUAUAAAGGAGGCAGGGGAUCAUUGCAUUCGAAACAUUGAUCCCAAACUAGAAGGAAUGCGUUUGUAUAAAAAAGGUCAAUGUUAUGGAAAUUCUCCAAGUCCUGCACCUACACCAAUGAAACCAAUACCUCACAAUCCAAUAAUGAGAAUUGCAACUACCCCUCGAUCAAGAAUAUCAGGUGGCAACAAUAUACCAGGAAAUAAUAUUCCAUCCCUAACCUCCAGUAACGCAAGUGCAUCCUACAAUUUCAUGACACUGGUAAUGAUACUUACAUUUUUCAAAAGUAUUUACAUGCAUGUUUGAAUAACUACACUGCCAUUAGCGAAAGAAUAACGAGCUAAAUGAAUAUUUUCAUGCGACUGACAAUGUUAUGUAAAAUACUGAGAAGACAUAAAUCGGAUUACUUAAUUAACUUAUAAUUACUAUGUAAUUUAUCUUUUAUCAUAAAAAUUUGACUUUGAACCG